GUUACUGCAGUUGGAGAUGGAGACGGACAACCUGUUUGGUAAAAAUAAAGAAGAACACCCAGAGCCCAUAAAAGCUGAGGUGCAAGGUCAGUUGCCCACUUGGUUGCAAGGGAUCCUUCUCCGAAACGGCCCAGGGAUGCACACAAUAGGAGACACGACCUACAACCACUGGUUUGAUGGCUUGGCUCUGCUGCACAGUUUUACAUUUAAAAAUGGUGAAGUUUACUACAGAAGUAAGUAUCUCCGGAGUGACACCUACAACUGCAAUGUAGAAGCAAACCGAAUCGUGGUGUCUGAGUUUGGAACUAUGGCUUAUCCAGACCCAUGCAAAAACAUAUUUGCCAAGGCAUUCACCUAUUUGUCUCACACCAUUCCUGAGUUCACAGACAACUGCCUGAUCAACAUUAUGAGAACUGGGGAUGAUUUUUAUGCCACCAGUGAGACUAACUUCAUCAGGAAAAUCGAUCCAAAGACUCUGGAGACAUUAGAGAAGGUUGACUACAGCAAAUACACAGCUGUGAAUAUGGCAACUUCUCACCCACACUAUGACAGUGCUGGAAAUACUCUCAACAUGGGCACUUCAAUAGUCGAUAAAGGGAAGACAAAAUACGUUCUAUUUAAGAUUCCUCCCUCCGUGCCAGAAAAAGAAAAGAAGAAAUCUUCUUUUAGCCAUAUGGAAGUGGUAUGCUCCAUCCCUUCUCGCUCUCUGCUCCACCCAAGCUACUACCAUAGCUUUGGACUGACAGAAAAUUACGUUGUCUUCAUUGAGCAGCCAUUCAGACUGGAUAUUCUCAAACUGGCAACUGCUUACAUCCGACAUGUCAACUGGGCUUCCUGCCUUUCCUAUAAUAAGGAAGAUAAGACGUGGUUUCAUUUUGUAGACAGGAGGACUAAAAAGGAAGUAUCCACCAAGUUCUGCACUGAUGCUAUGGUGCUUUUUCACCAUGUCAAUGCUUAUGAAGAGGAUGGCCACAUUGUUGUUGAUCUUAUUGCCUAUGCAGACAAUAGCUUAUAUGAUAUGUUCUAUUUAAAAAACCUAAACCAAUUCCUUGAAGAGCAUGACGAGCUCUCCAGCAGACCAACCUGCAAACGAUUUGUUGUUCCUCUGCAGUAUAGCAAGGAUGCCGAAGUAGGUUCCAAUUUAGUCACGCUUCCAUCAACUGCAACUGCUGUCAAAGAGAAAGAUGGUAGCAUCUAUUGCCAACCUGAAAUACUAUGUGAAGGGAUAGAACUGCCUCGUAUCAACUAUGACUACAAUGGCAAAAAUUACAAGUACAUCUUUGCAACAAAAGUCCAGUGGAGUCCAGUUCCUGCAAAGAUUGUAAAAUUUAAUGUGCAGACAAAGGAAAUGCUCCAGUGGGGAGAGGACCACUGCUGGCCAUCUGAGCCCGUUUUUGUUCCCAGCCCUGAUGCGAGAGAAGAGGAUGAUGGUGUUGUUCUAACCUGUGUUGUGAUGACUGAUCCAAACAAAGCUCCCUUCCUGCUCAUCUUGGAUGCUAAAACAUUCAAGGAAUUGGGCCGAGCCAUAGUAAAUGUAGGCAUGCAUGUGGACCUGCAUGGCAUAUUUAUACCAGAGAAAAAUCUGAAGAGUGAGACUGAGUAAAAUGCUGUUCAUCCUGUUACACAGACUGAGAUAACCUUCUGCUGAACGUGGGAUAAUGUCAUUCAGGAACAACCUUACUUUAUGGCAAGACAUGACUAAAUAGAAUCUCUUUGGUGACUACAUAGAAUCUUUUAUAAGAGAUAGCAAUGAUUUUUAUUAAAAACAAUGAUAUGCACAACUGCUACACAACUGUUCCAGAAGAAGAGCGAUCAGUAUUAAGUGCUAAUGCUGUAUACAGCUCAGGGGGCAGGGAACAGGAGACCAAGGUAACAAGAAGUGAUUUAAUUGAAUAGAAAUAGCUUUCUGAGCAAAUGAAGUACUGUAUUUAUAGGGUGGUGCAUGGUAUGAGUCACAUGUGUCUGCAGGUCAUGGACUGUUUCAAGACUGCAGCUCAUGGUGCAAGUUGCUUGCUGCCAGAAAAUCUCACAGUAAUCUGCUGUGAUAAUAAUAUUUCAUGGUAAUGCAUUUUCUUGGUGCUUAGUUUUUUGAAGUCCACCAUAACCAAAGUAUUACAUGGAGGUGCUACAACUUUCUAAUUUAGAACCUAAAGAAACCUGCUUCGCUCCUAAUUUUGUGGUGCAAUUUUUUCCUUUCUAACAAAACCAAGUAACUUGAAAUUGAAUAUAUAGUUUGGUGUAGCAUUCGAUUAUACUUUAGUG